AUGUCUGAGGAGGAUGAUUGGGGCAUAACCCCGGACUACAAGAAUGUAAUGACCGAAAAGGAACAGCGCUUCGGUGCGCAGGCUGUUCCCGGACGCGUUGGCCACAUUGACAUGAACGAGCUGCGCCAGAAUGUGAUCAAGUCGGACGCGGAGAGUAAGAAGAAUGCAGUCCCAAAGGCUUCCUACGGCUACGGUGGAGCCUUUGGUGUGGAAAAAGACCGGAUGGACAAGAGUGCGGUCGGUGCAGACUACCACUCGGAGGUGGCCAAGCAUUCAUCGCAGCAGGACUACGCCAAAGGCUUCGGUGGGCGAUACGGCGUCCAGUCGGACAGACAGGACAAAAAUGCUGUUGGCUAUGGCCACCACGAAGAAGUGGCAAAACACGCUUCCCAAACAGACUAUGCCAUUGGUUUUGGAGGCAAGUACGGUGUGCAAAAGGAUCGUGUCGAUUCCUCCUCCUUUGGCUACAAUAAACAGGAGGAAACUAACAGUCAGCCAGAGUCAGGAAAGCGCACGGACUUUGUCAGCGGCGAGCAUCGAGCUAGCGAAUUGCGUGCGCGUUUUGAGAAACUGGCGCUGGAUCAGAACAAGCCCGUGGAGCGGCCGCCCAGACCCUCGGUCGGCAAACUCAAGCCCAACAUAUUCCCACAGUCCGCACCGUCGACUGCCGAGCCCAAACCGGCACCGAUGCCUACGAGGACGCCGCCCGCAGCCGCCAAACCAGCAGCCGAGCCUGAGCCGUCGAAGUCCGAGCCAGCCACGACCAUCGCCAGAGAACCCUCGCCCGAGCCUCUGCCUCGACCCAUGCCAACACGGCGUCAGUCGGAAUCGUCAGAGGACAGUUGGUCUGUCGUGGAGGAAAAAGAAGUAUGCCUUCUCCUCCUCCUCCCCCCGCUUAUUGCUCAGCGCUAA